GGAUCUCCCACAGCCUCUGCUCACAGCGACCAUGAAGGGCUCCGCCGCCGCCCUCACCGUCAUCCUCGCCACGGCUGCCCUCUGCGCUCCUGCGUCUGCCUCCCCAUAUGCCUCGGACACCACACCCUGCUGCUUUGCCUACCUUGCCCGCCCGCUGCCCCGCGCCCACCUCCGGGAAUAUUUCUACACCAGCAGCAAGUGCUCCAUGGCAGCAGUCGUCUUUAUCACCAGAAAGAAUCGCCAGGUGUGCGCCAACCCAGAGAAGAAAUGGGUGCGGGAGUACAUCAACGCUUUAGAGUUGAGCUAGGAUAAAGGACGCCUUGAACCUGAACUUGUGCAAACUUUGCUUCUUGCUCUUGUCCUAACCAGCUUGGGAGGUUUCCCCCCAGUGCCCUCCUCCCACCCGCUCCUUGGAAGGCACAGAUUCCACCACCCGCAGCAGCUGCUGUAAAAGCCUCCCAGGGCUCCUGGGGCUCUGCCUUGUGCACAGGAGGUCUCUAUGCUCCGAGCUUCAGAGCCCUCGUCCAGCCACCGCUCUGCAGCCAGGAAGGAUGUCAGCACCU